UCCAUCAUGUCAACAAUCAGCAAACCCGCCGUGAAGCCAGCGCUUGCCCUGUCAGCCACCGAGCUGAUCGGCAACACCCCGCUGGUGAGACUGAACAAGAUACCCCAAAGUCUGGGAAUCGAGGCCGAUGUGUAUGCGAAAGUGGAAUUGUUCAAUGCCGGCGGGAGUGUGAAGGAUCGUAUUGCACUGCGGAUGAUCGAGGAGGCAGAGAAGUCGGGAAGGAUAAAGCCUGGAGAUACCCUUAUUGAACCAACGAGUGGUAACACUGGUAUUGGUCUUGCCCUCGUCGGUGCCAUCAAGGGAUACAAAACCAUUAUUACCCUCCCCGAGAAAAUGUCGCCCGAGAAAGUCGCUGUCCUCCGAGCAUUGGGUGCUACGAUCAUUCGCACCCCAACUCAAGCUGCCUUUGACUCUCCCGAAUCCCACAUUGGUGUUGCAAGGCGUCUUCAAAAAGAGAUCCCGAAUUCCCAUAUCCUAGACCAAUACACGAACAAGGACAACCCACUAGCGCACGAGUUUGGAACAGCUGAAGAAAUAUGGGAACAGACAAAUGGCAAAAUUACAGCAAUUGUUGCAGGUGCUGGAACUGGUGGGACCAUAACCGGCUUGUCCCGAGGACUGAAGAAGCACAAUCCAGAUAUCAAAGUUAUUGCAGCAGACCCCUUCGGCUCAAUCCUCGCCGUACCCGAAAGUCUGAACCAAGAGCACGCGAAUGAAGCAUACAAAGUGGAGGGAAUUGGCUAUGACUUCAUUCCCGAUGUUUUGGAUCAAAAGGCAGUGGAUGUUUGGUAUAAGACUGAUGACCGAGAAUCAUUUGGGUAUGCCAGACGAUUGAUUGCAGAGGAAGGUCUCCUGGUUGGUGGCAGCAGUGGAAGUGCAAUCGCAGCGAUGGUCAAGGGUGUCAAGGAUCUCGGUCUCAAGAAAGGGGACACAAUAGUGGUUGUCCUCCCUGAUAGCAUCCGCAGUUACCUUUCCAAAUUCGCCGACGACGACUGGCUGGCAGCCAAUGACCUCCUUCCUUCAACACCACCAAGCACUACCCCAUCGUCUCCAAUCCUCUCCUCUACCACGAAAUCUAAGAAAGAUCCUUACUCUGGUGCCACUCUCCGCUCUCUCCGUCUCAAGCCUGUUACUACAGUCCUUGCCGACUCACCUUGCUCUGAAGCAGUCGAGACCAUGCGCGAAAAGGGUUUCGACCAGCUUCCCGUUCUCGCUCCAACGGGCGGAAAGCUCGUCGGACUCGUUACAUUAGGCAACUUACUAAGCUGGAUCAGUCGCGGCCGAGCAAGCGGCAAGAGUCCCGUUUCGGAAGUGAUGUUUGACUUCUCUUCCAUCCCAGAAGUGAUCACAGACCCCCGAGACAUUAGUAAACUUGCCGAGGCUCCUAAGACUAAUGGAGUUGAGCAAAAUGUGGCAGGAGAAAAGAAACAGAAGACGCCGAAGAGAAAGUUUGUUCAAAUCACACUUGAUACUCCAAUCAGUGCUUUGAGCAAAUUCUUCGAGUGGAACUCCGCUGCGAUUGUUACAGAGAAUGGGGACGCCGAUAGUGAUGGGCUACCUAAGCCAGUCGCUGUCGUUACCAAGGUUGACUUAUUGAGUUGGUUGGUUAAGCAGUCUAAAGUAUGA